GACUAGUGCAACCAAUCGCAUGUUUUAGAUAACGUCAUUUAAAUUUAACAGACAUGCGUAGUUAAGUAUUUUGAAAACCCCAAAUUUAAGUUUUCUGCUGGAACUUGGUCUGUCUUUAUGGAAAUUUAUGAGAAACGUACGUUUCCAUUAAUUUUAACUCGGGAUGUGUUCAAGUAGGAUUGUAAACAGCUUUUGCAUUAUAGUUGGAAUCGUAAUUUCGUUAAAACUAUGUUCGUCCGUCGCCGAUGUUGACGAUGAUGAUUGCUUAUCGCGAGGACGAAACUGCACUUGGUGUCUGAACGAUGGAAACUGCGGAUUUUGCGACAAAUGCGGUGAUCAUUGCCACAAACCUGGAGCAAUCCAUUCUUUAGAGAACUGUACAAACUGUGCUUCUUGUAUUCCUGGGAAUCUUGCGGGUUCAAAGAAGGGUUACGACUGCAGAGCAGAAUGGUAUUAUUAUGAGAAAUGCCCAGAGGUUGUCAGUGAACAGAAGACUGUGUACGUUGAGAUAGCUCUUUAUCUUAUAAAUCUCCACUCAGUGGAUUUAAAGGCUGGAACCUUUCAUGCUGAUUUCUAUCUGUACUUCAAAGUACCUGAAGGACAGACAAUGUACACAAAACAGAAAUGUAAAGAUGGUCUUAGAGGAGCCUGCUUUGAGCUUGUAAAUGCUGCUGGCCAAGCAGAGGUUUCCAGCCAUGAGGGAAAGUAUUUCAGGGUGAAAUCAGCUUUUAACUUUGCAGCAGAUCUUCAGGACUAUCCCUAUGACAAUCAAACACUGAAAAUUGUAAUACAAGAUAUGGAAAUGACAGCCAAGGAGCUCAGAUGGAAAGUUAUGCAGGGAUCAGAUGACAGUGAUUUCAAAUUCCAAGGGGGAGUUUCACCAACGUUAAACUAUACUGGUUGGUUAUUUGAUACCAACUCUUGGUCACAGAUGGUUUAUGAAAGGUACAACCCGUUUUUGGACCAAGGAGUGUCACGCUAUGAGUUUUUAUUUCACAUGAGAAGACACAAGCGUGCAGCGUUUUUCAAGAUAUUUCUACCUCCUCUUUUUAUUGUGCUUGUAGUCUGUUUUUCAUUUUCUAUUCCACCAAAUGACGCCUCAAUGCGGUUGUGGAUCGAUGGUUCGCUUUUGGUGUCUGCCGUUAUGUUUCACGCCACUGUCAGCGAACAAACACCCGACACACCGGAGUUAACUUUGGCUGAUCGCUUUAUGGUCGGAGUCUACGGAUUUAUUUUCGCUUCGUUCAUUGUUACGAUAGUUAUGUUGAGACUUCAACGGGAAAACUACUAUUACUAUGCAGAUACAUUCUACAGCUACACAGAAUGGCUGGUGUGGUUUACAGCGCCAACGUUCUUCUUCUUUCUCUAUUACGUGAAUUUAUCGCUUGAAAAUGUACUGCUUUAUGAAGUCCUUGUCGCUGUUCUGUCUCUGAUACUCAACAGAUUCGUCUCGUGUCUCAAAUCCCGUUUGUUCAGGUUACUGAAGUUUGACACAUCAUCGGGAACGAAUUGCCAAAGUCCGCUGGAAGAAACUUUUAACAGACGAGGCGACGGAUACCUCAGACUAACUCAAGACGAGGAGUCAGAGCUGCCGUCACAUUCAGCUGCGUGUAAGCCUUGUUUCCCUGGUAACCGUGACAACACAUGUGAGGAGCCCUGCCCAAAACAGCAACCUACGCCCAAUAAGAAAGCUUAACACAAAAUACUACACCUGAAAGGAUGAAGUGAAAACCUCGUCCCUUGGACCGUGACCUAAUUGUUUUAAUUUGUCAUUGGUUCUAUCAGCCGAUCAGAUUUUUAGUACCUCUCUGGGUACGAAGGAUUAUCAAUUGUCAACAGAAAUCGCGGUUCUUUCCAUAGCGCGUUGAUCCGUGAUGCUGGCCGAUAGCAUCGGGGCUUUGGAAACGAAUUUUUAAGGAUUUACUGCUAUUUAUGCAGACUGGCAUUAGAGCCCAUUCCAUUCAGUAAUGUGAUAAGAUGAGAGAUCUAAAAAUUAUCUCAAAGUCGGCAACAUCAAAACUUGUCAGAGAAUCGUUCUAAUUUUUUUUCCUGGCGUUACGAAACAGUGUAAUGGUGUAAUGGGCAAAAUGUUCUUCCUGUGUCCUUUAAGGACAAUUUACCUUUUUGACAAUUUAGAGAAGGAAUUUGCAACGGUGUGAAAUGGACGUGAAGUUUGAAAAAAUUGAUAUGUUCCUCAGUGCAAUCGAAGCACAACGAAUGCACAUGAGCCAACGGUAAAGUUCUAGAUACGAGUCUGGUUACAAUCAGUCUACAGUUUUUGUUUGAUUUACAAUAAACUUUUAAGCUUCCAAGA